AUGGGUGAACCAACAGAAUCAGGCACGAGUAAAGAGAAACCAAUCGAAAUCGAUGAAGAUGAAGAAUCUUCUGACGGAGAGAACUCCGUAAUUAUCCUCGAUAGCGAUACAGAACCAGAGGAUCGUGCUGACGACGAAAAUCGAGUUGAAGAAGAAGACGAUGACGAUGAAGAAGAGUCGGAAGAUUCAGAAUCCGAUGACGAAGAUUCUGAUAGCUCCAUAGACACAGAUUCCGUGAAUUCAGUUUGGUCAGAUGUGAAAGAAUCCGCAGGAGCUAUUACAGCAGAAGCGGCUGAAGCAAAAACCAUCAAAAAAUUCGAAAAAGCGAUCACAUUCAUCGCCGACGAGGAGAUCGAUAAAGGGCAGAAGAUUCUAGAAAAACUUCUCGAUGAUCCAAUUGUGUCCUGUUAUCGUCAGGAGGAGCUGGACUAUGAGUCUCUAGAAGAGCCACCACGGCUAGCAAAAAUGCUCAAAAUCUAUAUAGCUACUCACAAAAAUUUAGCAAAACUUGCCGAAAAAGCAUUGGAAAGGGAAGGACUCGAUGAAAAAGAAAAAUUUGAAUUGAAGCACGAGGAAAUUCAACAUCUGUGUCAAGUGUUGGCUUACGAACCCAAUAAUUCUGAAAUCUGGUUCGAUGUGGCAAUGAAAUGCGUGGAAUUUGGCGACCUAAAUUUCGCAAAGUACUCUUUCAAACGCUGUGAAUCCCUUAAAGAAUCCCUUGAGGCUCAUGCCACGUUGCUCUUUGUCACCUGUGAUUAUAGCGGGUGCCUGACUGUUCUGAAGCAGUAUCAGGAGCAGAACGAUUUGAAUGAUAAAAUGAAAUACUUGAAAUUCAAAAUUAGGUCAACCAAUCAGUACUACAAGCUUCUUUGUGAUCGAAUCUUCGAGGAGGAUGAGGUUUAUGCGAAUGUGGAUAUCGUUGAGAAGAUUAAAAUUAUGGCAUUUGAUGAGAGAAUCAAUGAAUUGAGAAAGAGAAUCGAGGAGAAUACAAGGGGAAUAAUGGAGCAGCAGGAAAGGAUUGAAGGGGAUGAGGAGUGGAUGUCAGCGAUUCAAGUUAAUAUAUCGGAUCAGUUGGACCUCCCCUCUGUUUGCACACUCUUCUGUGACCUAUUCGAUCGCAUUAACGCGCACUCUCACUGCCGAAACCAGCUCAUCGAGAUCAGCGAAUGGGAGUCUCGUCGUGACUAUCUUGACGUCAUCUUAACACUCGAGAAAAUCGUGGAUAUCGUGGAUUGCGUCGAGGAGAUGACCGAGAAGACUGAGGAGAUGCUCAAGACAAAGAAGGGAAGAAGGCAGAAGCGUCAGGAGAAAAAGGAGUAUCUGGCGAACUGGAGACGACGGCUGUUCGUGGAGAGGGGUAGUGUGGAUGACGUGGCAGAUUCAGAAGCUAAUACGACAGCAGAUGAGGAUGAUUCACAGGUGGAGGACGAUGAUGGAAUGCCUGAUUUGGAAUUGGCUCAAGAGUUUCAUCUAGAGUAUUCUGAAGUGAAGUCAUUACGAUGUGGGGAGAGAAGAAGGGAGAGAACGCCUCCACCAAGUCAACCUUCUGAAUUCAUCGACUGUGACGCUAUUCUAGAACUUUUGGGAUUCCGAUUCAAUGGCGGACCUCACACAAUCCUGGAUAUCAUUGAAGAAACAUUGCUCAUCAUUACCGAACACGUAUCACAUAAUGCUCUUCCUGAAUCCAUGCGUCAAGUAACACGAGAAAUGUAUAAUCGUCUGGCACUUUUUGAAGAUGUCCAAGAGGAGAAAUACCACGAGAUGGGACUGAUGUUAAUUGAGUUGGGCUCCCGGAAAGCCAUGGAGACGAUGGUUCUUUGCUAUAUUUCGUCGAUCUUCAAGCAGAUGGAUCCACCGAAGCAUGAGCGAAUCCACGUGUUGCGAUUUAUGUGGAAAUAUUCACAAACUGGGUUGAAAGACGAGACGAAGCUGGAGUACUUGCACACACUUCGAUCCUUACUGGAACCCGAAGAAUCAGUUGCCACUUCGUGUGGCUCGUUUGCCACGUGGGAUGUGGACCUGGCUAUCGACGAUCUGGAGAAGAAGAAGAGAAUCGAUAGUGUGAAGCAUCUUUGGAAGGCGAAGAAUUAUGAAAGCCUUGUUGAGAUUCUGGAGAACGACAUCGACUUCUCAACUAUAGGCACGGAGGAGGCUAUGGAGUUGUUGAGCUAUUGGAUGCAAUCUCUGGAGAGGAUGAAGGCCUAUGUGGAAUUUGUGGUUUUGCUGGCUCGUGUCAUGCACUUCUAUUUGUUCUCUGUAGAGGAGGAGAAGAUGGUUGAGAAGCAUAUCGAAUCGAUCCUUUUCAAGCUCCAUAGAAUCUCAGGUGCCGAGUAUUCGAAAAUCCCAAAUCACCAGACGCUUUUCACAAUAGGAUAUUUCAUCUGCCACGUGUUCAAAAAGUUUCCAAGAUUUGAGAAGGAUUGGAGGAACUGGAGAGUACUGUAUGAGAUAGUCAGGAUCCAACGGGGCGAUGCUAAAGAGUACAUUGAGACGUUGAACAGAACGGAUCACCCCAAUGUGAUGCCUUUGUUGGAAAUGGAUCUACUGGUUAAGGCGCACGAGGUACUCGGAGAGCAUCAAUGUUGCGCGCAGAAGAGCUACGAUUUCCUUCUCUUCGUUAUCGAUAAAUACCGAGAGCUUGUGGAGGAGAACAUACCGAUUUUGGAGAUAUGCUAUUUGAAGGAAAAUGGAUUUCUUUGGAAUAAUCUCAACGAGGAGCUCUCUCAAAUUCUAUUUUGCCUAUUCGGAAAGUUCUCGAGAAAAGUGAGAGCUCGAGAGAACCAUGAGAACGGUGGGAAGUGUGUGAACACCCUUGAAAUCGCUACUCGGGUGCUAUCGGUGAUUCUGGUCCAGCCACUUCCACUACACGAUGAUAAGGAGAAGCUGAUGCAUGAUGUGAUAGAGCUGAUAAAUUCGAAAUUCCCGUUCUUUCUAGAAGUUUCGAAUGAGAAGAAGGAGCAAAUGAGGGAAUUCAAAGCGGCACUUAAAAAGUCAUGCACGAUAGAAGACGUCGAUUCCAGUCUAGAUAAAUAUCGAGAUGAUGUGCAUACCUAUCUUCAGUCGAUGGUUUGGUAUGCGAUGGCGUUGAGUUCAUUCAGACAGAAUUCGUUCAAGGAGGCUUCGAAAUUCGCGGAGCUUUACUUGCUAACUGAAGAAUCUGCUUGUGAUAAUCGGUUGAGGAUGUCGGCGUGGGCGAUUUUGGCACAUACGAAUAUGCAUGAUUUGUUUCAGCUGGACCUCUGCGACAUUUACGAUCAGUGGAAAUGGCGUAUCAUGCCAUCCCGGCUAGCGAUUCAAGCUCAAGAGCACGAACCAAUACCUCAUUUUGAGCUAGCCGCUCGUCUUUACCAACUUGCCACGUGUCUUGCCAGAUUCCAUCGAACACUUGCGAAAGACGAUCCACGUCGGGCGGAUACCCAAGACAUCGCCAAACUGCGUGAAGAUUCUCGACGUCAUCUGGAUAAAUCGCUAGAAUUGACAAGGUUAAAUGAUAAUGGAACACAACCGGAACACCAAUGGCUCUGCUAUUUCUUCAUUGGAAAAAUAGAAGCAAAAAUGGCAACAUGGGACAUUCUGAAAGUGGUGGAGAGCUUCUACGAGGCGGCGUGCGGAUGCGAGUUGACCGGAUUUUACUAUCCGCAGAAGGUUCAGACCAAGCGACAACAGAACUUUGAACCAUUGGAAGUUCACUACCAAGCGUUUUCAGCAGUCUAUAAGUAUCUGGAGAAUAAUGAAUUGCCGGAUUUGAAGAUGUUGAGAAAGCUAAAAGUGAUGUUAGCAGUGCUCUCUGAUGGUCAUAAAGUCGCAAAACCCAGCAGUUCCCUGUUCAAAGUGAAUCCAGAAGUUUAUGAGGUGGCAGAUGAGCUAGUGAUGGCUACGGUAACGGAGGAAGACGGCAACGGAGAUGGAGGGUUCAAAGACGAGGACCUUCGGAAAGAGCUGGUCUCGGAUAUCAAGGAUUUGUGCAUGAGAGCCUUCUCCGUCGUCUCUGAAAAGUUCCCACAUAUAAAAUCGUUCUAUCGACUGGCACAAAUCUAUCUCGAAAAAGGAGAAUUCGGUUUGGCAUCUGAGCAAAUCUUCAAGAACGUCUUCAAACGGAAGAAGAGAGAUGACGGGAUGUUCGAUCAUAUCGUAGAGAUAACAUGUGCAGAUUUGAAUAGAAAUGGGUCGCAUUCGUUUCAUAUCGAGAGGUGUAUCAAGAUUGGUGCUCAAAUUGCACAGAAGACUAACGAUUUGCAUCAUGUUGUUGGGAUGUUACAGACGAUGGUUGGGAUUAUUUCGAAGAAUGAUGAACAACACAUUGACAAACCAUCAUGGAGACCAGUGGUAACCUUGUACUUGACGGCUAUGGAGCAAAUUGUGUCGACUCGAGAUCAUACCUCCACCCGAAGCACACCAUCACCAGGACCGGAUCGUCCCAAAACGCACCAUCUCUCGAUGAAAUCCCUUCGAACGGAUCUUUGGCGACUGUGGCAGACACUGCAGAAGUGCUCGAAACCCCAAGAAGAGCUUAUCCGUUUGAUCCGAGCGAAAACCGAAGUUAUUAUUGUCCAUUGCUUCAACUCGAUUGAGGAAUUGAGACGGAGAAAUCAGUCGAGUACGACUGGUGCGACCGGUGUUGAUGGAAAGAAGAAGGUUGUGAUCAAAAGGAAGUUCGAUGCCGUCGACGUGGCGAAAAGUCUUCAGGGAUCAUCCAGCAGUAGUAGCACUUUGGAUACGUUCGUUCAGAAGGCGUCAAGUUCUGCAGGCUCAUCCACGUCGAACCAGCAGCUCACCGAUAUGGCUCGCGCCUUUCUGCUCAACGCUCAAAACUCCUCGCCCAAUAAACAGUCCUAUAACGAGUUGGCUCUUCAGUUGACAAAGCUUAUGACAGCACAGAAGUCCACGUCAUCACCUUCUAAGCCUGAUUCAACGCCAGCGACGUCAUCUGCCAACACAGCUUCUUCAUCUUCCAACAUCGUCCGUCCAGUCCCACGCUACUCACCGAUCAGUGAAGACGACGAGGUGCAAUGCAUUGAGCCACCUGCAAAGAAGGCGGCAGUAACUGCUUCGGCGGCGCCUAUUGCUCAGCUUCCUGCUCCGACGAAACCUGUAGUGGGUCCUCCUAAACCACCGACGACCGUAGUCAAGCCUAUCAUCAAGCCCAUCAUAAAGCCAGUCGCGAAACCUGCAUCUACACCAUCUGCACUGAAUAUGCUAACGUCUUCUGGAACGUCCUCUAAACCGGGACCAUCGAAUUCAAAUUCAGCUCAAAAUCUUCAGGCUGCUAAAAAACCUACAGUAGCCAAACCAGCUAUUCCUGCAACACUAACCAAUAGCAAUCAACGGGAAGCGCUUCUGAAGUUCGCCCUUGCCAACAUCAGUUCCACGGACGCACAAACGAAAUUGCUGGUCCAUCAGACGCUGAAAGCGUUGAAUGUGCCAAAUGCUGCGGCUGUAAUAGCAGCAGCGUCGAAAUCUGUGGCUACAGGAACGUCUUCUGCUUCUAAAGCGACUCCUACAACUUCUUUGAAACCUUCUGCAUCUUCAUCGUCCAUCAGGGCGACGCCUUCUACAUCUGCUCCUUAUAAACCAACGCAUUCAGCGUCUUCGUCGUCUAUCAAGGCGACGUCUUCCGCAUCUGGAUUCCUGGCUGCUUCUUCAAAAGCAACGGCGUCUUCUACCUCUACUCCUAAAGCAACGCCUUCUACAUCUGCCACUGGACUCCUCGCUGCUUCUUCCAAACCGACGACGUCUUCAACAUCAUCUACAGUAAUCUCUGCAGAUCGAACCAUGAUUCUGCAGGCUUUACAACAGGCUCAAGCCGCAUCGCAGAUUCAGCAAAUACAGCUGGCACUGCAGCAAGCUCAACAAGCCCAAAAGGCUCAACUAGCAAGGGAGAACGCCGAGAAUGCCCGAAAAGCCCAGGAAACUCAUCAAAAGGCCUUACUAGUCCAAUUGGCUAAAGAGCAGGCCGAGAAACAAGCCAAGGAGAACGCCGAGAAGGUCCGGAAGGCGCAGGAAGCCCGAAAAGCCCAGGAAGCACAUCAAAAGUCCUUACUAGCCCAAAAGGCUAAGGAGCAAGCCGAGAAGCUAGCCCGGGAAAAGGCCGCAAAGGAGGCGUUAGAAGCCAAAAAACGCGAGGAACAACAGAGGGAUUACUUCCAGAAAAUCGCCUACCAAGCUCACGCCAAACAGGAGAAAGAGAAGCAGAAGAAUGAGCAACAGGAGGCGUUGAUAAAAGCUCAGCAGCAGGCGGUGGCGAAUCAGUUGAAUCAAUUGAAUCCGGCCGCUUUGAUGGCUUUUAUGAAUGCGAUGGGAGGACAAAUGAAUCUUCCCGGAACUUCGCGGGUUCAGCCACAGAAACCUGCGCAGCGGAUUGCUCAGCAAAUAUCACAGAAGGCGCCGGUUACGUCUGCCGCCUCAUCCUCAUCCCAAGCGUUCCGAGCUCAGCCAGCACAUCAAAUCGUCCGCCCACAACCCCAACGUCCCAAACAAGCUCCGCCCACGACUUCCAGCGGCGGUCAGUUGACUGUGGAAGGCAUCGAACAAGCUCUGAGCGCUUUCACGGACCCGGUUUACAAAGAGAAAAUGCGUCAGAGUUUGAUGGAAGCACUUGCAAGACAAAAUCCUCCCUAG